AUGGGGCGCCAGCUCCCCGAUAGCAUGAUGGCGCGCGUCACGGACAAUGGCACUGUCUCAAAGGCAUGCGCGGUGACCAACAGAGUGAAACAGGGCUGCGUCCUCACGCCUACCCUCUUUAGUCUCAAGUUCUCUGCCAUGUUAAUGGACGCCUACCGUGGCGAACGCUCCGGGAUCCGCGUCGCCUACAGGAUGGACGGCCAACUCUUCAACCAUCGGCGGAUGCACUUCCAGUCGCGCGUAUUCACAACUACCGUCUACGAACUUUUCGUCGACGACUGCGCCCUCAACAACACUACUGACGGGGGCAUGCAAAGGAACAUGGACCCCCUUCGACGACGACUGCGACGUAGGCCUGGUCAUCAACACAGAAGACAGUGGUUAUGCACCUACCGCUACCCAGCGUUACCUACAAUGUACCCCAAAUCAGCGUGA